AUGUCCACGGGUUCUACGGAACGGUUGCCUAUCAAAGAUUGUCCAACCUGCCAAAGGCGACGUAUCAAGUGCGAUCGGGGCCUUCCUGGCUGCCGUAAAUGUAGCAAACGGAGUCUCGAGUGCCCUGGCUAUGGGAUACAGCUCAAAUGGGUUCAAGGGGUUGCCAGUCGGGGUAAUCUGCGGGGUAGAACUGUUCCUUUCCUAAAUCCAUCCGUCACUAUAUCAAACUCACUAUCUCAUUGUUCGUCCGUGAAUUUGGCAGAGAGUAGUGCCGAUAGCAGUGAUGGUUAUACUCGCAGUGACUACAAAAAUCUCGCAGAAGCCCACUUCUCACUACCGGAAGACCUUGCAUCCCCCGUUUCGGAUCUUUACUUAUCCCAAGCUCGCCCACUGCACGUCUCACGAUUGCUCUCCUGGUUUAACGAACGAGUGGCUCACCGACUUGCAUGGAUUCCACGACAAAGUGCAUGGCGACAGAUGAUCCUACCAAUGGCAGAGAGUUCUGAAACCGUUCUCUCUUCCAUUCUCGCUAUUGCCGCUCAAGAUCUGGCAUCGGAAUAUUCUCCGACAGACUUGGGACACGGAGCAUUCCAGCAACUAUCAAAAGUGUAUCAGAACAAAGCUCUUGUGCUUUUGGCUCAAGAGUUGAAUACUCUUUCUUCGUCGUUUGCCUCGAGUUCGGAAGCGAGGACAACAUCUGCCUACACACUCGCAUCUGUUAUUACUCUGUGCAAUAAUGAAUUCAUGAAACCGCAAGGCGCUGGGUGGCGGAUCCAUCUCUCUGCUGCAAGAGAGAUCAUUUUAGCAGUAGGAGACCAACCAUACGAGGGCAGUCAGCUGGCUUGCAUCCAAGAUUUCCUCAUGCUAGAAUUCUAUGAGACAUCAGUGUGGGCAGAUCUAACAACAUUCGAUCGAUAUGAAAUGAUAGUCAAGUCACCCCCCGCUACUACCGAGAGUGCUGUCUUCACUGGCUUCCUUCAGGUCAUUGACCAGAUCACCCAUCUCGAACGUUUGAAAUUCCGUUCCGGGCCGACCGCUCAGUAUGCAUCAUGCGAUCAAGUGCAGGACAUCCACUCGCAGAUUGAAUCGGCUAGAAUGGGCAUGAUGCGUCUCAGUGGAACCAUCCAUUUCACUUCCGAAGCCGAGCGACAGGGCUUUGAGUUAGUAGUGUGGAUGUAUUACCACGCGACUCUCAUUUACAGCCAUCAAGCUCUAUCGGAAGAUUUUUCCUCUCUCCAUCUUGUUAAAAGGUCUCGUGACGAAAUUCUCCGCUAUGUACAAUUCCUCUCCGAGACUCGAAAUAGCAUGUUUGUACAGAAUCUCGUCUGGCCGCUUUUCUUGGCAGGAACUGAACUUCGAGGAAAUACUGCCGGCCAAAAGAUCAUUAAGGAAUCCUUUAAUAAUGUCAUGCGCAUCAGUCGUAAUCUCGACCGAGCGCGUGUCCUCUCGUUUGUAGAGACUUGGUGGAACGAGCCAGGCGUUUAUACGUCCUGGAUUGACAUGGCUCGAAAGAGAUCUACUUCAUCACACUGUGAUAUUCUCAUCUUAUGA